AUGAAUCUGAAUCCUCGGAUUUUCAUCAAUGGAACGCUCAACACCGUUGACGACAUUGUCAGCGAAGCGUUUGAUUUCUUUGCCAGUGAAACAUUCAAUACUCUCAAAAUCGUUGGAGGAUCGGAUAACAGGCCACAAGAGCUAGCAAAAGUGGGGUGGAUCACAGAAGAAACAGAGGCAUGUUUUAUAGACUCAUUUGAGGAAUGGCGUAAAUCCAAGAAUCUCAGUAACUUUAUUCUGUUAGGGCACUCUUUUGGUGGUUAUGUUUCUGCUAAAUACGCUAUUAAGCAUCCUGAGCAUGUUCAACACUUGGUUCUGGUGAGAUCUGCUGGAUUCACUGCAGAAUCGGAUCCCAAGUCAGAAUGGCUCACUAAGUUCAGAGCAACGUGGAAAGGUGCAGUCCUGAAUCAUUUAUGGGAGUCUAACUUCACUCCUCAGAAGCUGGUUAGAGGAUCAGGUUCUUGGGGUCCAAGUCUUGUAAACCGGUAUACAAGUACAAGAUUUGGUGCAAAUUCUGAGGGAACUGAGCUAACAGAUGAGAAAUCCAGAUUUCUUACCAAUUAUGUGUAUCAUACAUUAGCUGCAAAGGCUAGUGGAGAGCUGUGCUUGAAAUACAUCUUCUCCUUUGGAGCAUUUGUAUCAUACAUUGUAUGA